CAUAAUCUCAAUAAACCCAUACCCAUACAAAAUGUGGAUGGUAUGCUUGACAAAAAUGGAAAAAUCACAUGGUACUGUAAUCUCUCAUUCCUUGUCCACGGACUACCUAUGCGAACACGCUUCUUAAUUACCUCCUUGGGAGGAGAAGACACAAUCUUGGGGAUGUCCUGGCUAAAGAAAGAAAACCCAGAUAUUGAUUGG